AUGAGCUCCGCAGUGAAUCCCGGACAGAACGAGCAGGUGGCUCCUGUCCAGGUUGCGGACAAGCCGUUGGGCGAACACCACGAGACGGCCGUCGAGCAUGUCAAGGAGGUCAACGACGCCAUUGCCAGGGUCGACUCGCACCUGGACAACACGCAUGUCGCGCUCGGUUGGCGAUCAUGGCUGGUGGUGCUCGUCACCAUGUUUGGCAACUUGACCUUGGUUUUUGUCGUCGUGGCGGCAGGCUCGGUCAUUGCCUUUAUCAUUCGAGACCUGGGUCAUCCCGGACUGGCCGGCUGGAUCAUCCAGGGUCCGUUGCUGGUUCAGAGUGUCCUGUGUCCCAUCAUAGGGAGGCUGUCGGACGUGGUGGACCGCAAAUACCUCGCCUGCAUUCAACUGUCGGUCGCCUUUGUCGGAUCCGUCGUGUCUGCCACGGCCCAUUCCAUGAACACCUUGAUAGGAGGAGGGAUCCUGAUCGGCGUGGGCCUUUCGUCUUUGGGCAUCAUUGUGGCCAUCCCCGCCGAAGUGCUCCCGUUGAAGUACCGAGCCAUUGCCAACGGGGCGAACUUCCUCGGCGGCGCCUUUGGAGGCCUGGUUGGACAGCUCGGCGCCGGCGCCGUCACCAACGUCGAAAAGGACGGCUGGCGCAACAUCUUCUGGAUGCAAGCCGCUUUCCACGGCGCCACGGUCCUCAUGCUCCUGGCCUUCUAUUUCCCGCCCCGCCGCUCCGACUACCCCAAGAUGACCUUUGUCGAGGUACUGUGGUCGCUCGAUCCCAUCGGCGCCGUCCUCUUCGUCGGUGGCGCCACCCUGACUAUCUUGUCAUUGGACUGGACCGGCGGCACGUAUGCGUGGAGCGACGCCCAUGUCAUCGCUCCGCUUGUCAUUGGCAUCGUUCUGCUGAUCUUGUUUGGGAUAUAUGAAUGGAAGGGACGGACCGAUGGAAUCGUUGCCCAUGUCAUGUUCAAGAACGGAUACAAUUUCCCUCUGGCCGUCUUUGCCUUUGCGGUAGAAGGAUGGAUCUUCUACAGCGCCGUCAACAGCGUGACUCCACAAGUGAUUCUCAAUCUCGGAUGGGAGACGACGUCGUGGCAAAUCUCGAUCCGCCAACUGGCGUACCAGCUGCCGACGAUUGGUUUCUCGAUUCCCAUGGUUCUCUACUCGACCAAAUACAAAGACCUCAAGAACCCGCUGAUCUUCACGUACACGGUCUUCCUGAUCGUCUGCAUCUGCUACGCGACGAUCAAACCCAGCGAGAACCACGCACAGUACGCGUUCGCGGUGCUGGCGGGGAUCGGACAGGCGGGCCCCUUGACGCUGAUCCUGGCGCUGGUGCAGUUCGCGGCGCCGCACGCCUUCAUCGCGACGGCGUCGGGGUUUGCGCUGUCGGCGCGGGCGAUUGGGGGCGCGUUCGGGUCGGCGGUGCUCGACGCCAUCAUCAACGGCAAGAUCGACGCGACGCUGGCGCGCGACGUGACGCGCGCCGCCACGGGCGCGGGCCUCCCCGCGAGCUCGGUGCCGGACCUGCUCGAGGCCAUCGGCGCGGGUGAGGGGUUCGACGCCGUGCGCGGCCUCAACGGCACCAUCCUCGACGCGGCCCUCGACGCCCGCAACUGGGCCUACGCCCGCGCCUACCGCCUCGCCUGGGCGAGCAUCAUCCCCUUUGUCGCCCUGGCCAUUGUCGCCGUCAUCUUCAUCAAGCACGUCAAGGAGCUCAUGACCGAGCACGUCGAGGCGAGUGUCGAGAGGAGGCCUGCCGCCGCGGCGGCUAGGAGAGACGAGGAGAAGAACUGA